AUGUUGGUGCUAUUCGAGACGCCGGCGGGAUACGCUAUAUUUAAGUUACUGGACGAGUCAAAAUUAUCACAAAUAGAUGAUCUGUACCAGGAGUUCAACACACCUGAAGGGGCUUCCUCUGUUGUGAAACUGAAGAACUUUAUUAAAUUCGAAGACACUACGGAAGCUUUGGCAGCAACAACCGCCGCUAUUGAAGGCAAGCUUUCAAAGACAUUGAAGAAAGGUUUGAAGAAGCAUGUGCUCAAAGAUGUUCAGGAUCAACUGCUAGUUGGGGAUGCCAAGCUAGGUAGUGCCAUCAAAGAGAAGUUUGACUUACAAUGUGUAUCAAAUUCAAAUGUACAAGAAUUGUUGAGAUGUAUCCGUUCCCAAAUGGACAGUUUGUUGACGGGCCUGCCCAAGAAAGAAAUGACAGCUAUGGCUUUAGGUCUUGCACAUUCACUGUCCAGAUAUAAACUGAAAUUCUCUCCGGACAAGAUUGAUACUAUGAUAGUACAAGCUCAAUGUCUAUUGGACGAUUUAGAUAAGGAAUUGAACAACUACGUCAUGAGGUGCCGGGAAUGGUACGGCUGGCACUUCCCGGAGCUCGGGAAGAUUAUAACAGAUAAUACUUUAUUCGUGAAGAUCGUUAAGGUCAUGGGUACCCGAGAUCACGCGGCCACGACUGAUCUGUCGGACAUACUACCAGAAGAUUUGGAAGAGAAAGUCAAAGAAGCAGCCGAGAUAUCCAUGGGGACAGAGAUCUCUGACGACGACAUUAUUAAUAUACAGAACUUGUGUGACGAGAUCAUAUCUAUCACGGACUAUAGAGCACACUUGACGGACUAUUUAAAGGCGAGGAUGAUGGCCAUGGCGCCGAACUUGACAGUUCUGAUCGGGGAACAUAUAGGAGCUAGAUUAAUAGCCCACGCUGGUUCGUUAAUGAAUCUAGCUAAACACCCAGCUUCCACUGUGCAAAUAUUCGGUGCUGAGAAGGCUUUGUUCAGAGCUUUGAAGACUAAGAAGGAUACUCCAAAGUACGGUCUUAUAUACCACGCUCAGCUGAUUGGACAAUGUAGUACCAAAAACAAGGGCAAAAUGUCGAGAAUGUUGGCGGCCAAGGCGGCGCUGGCGACACGUGUGGACGCCUUCGGUGAUGAUGUGACAUUCGAGUUGGGAGCGAAACAUAAAGUGAAUCUUGAGAAUAAGCUGCGGUUACUAGAAGAAGGCAACUUGAGGAGAAUCAGUGGCACUGGCAAGGCUAAGGCCAAGUUUGAGAAAUACCACAGUAAAUCGGAAGUGUUCUCAUACCCGACGGCAGCUGACAGCACCUUGAAGGGUGUGAAGAGAGAACACGAGCCGGAGGAAGAAACCGCACCAACCAAGAAGAUGAAGCUAGAGAACGAUGUCAAAGUAAAGAAAGUAAAACCAGAACCUUCAGAUGAGGUGGACGGACAUGAGAAUGGUGACGCUGAGGUGACUGAGAAGAAGAAGAAGAAAAAGAAGAAGUCCAUGGAACCAGAACAAGCACAGGCUGAAGAAGAACCUCCAGUCAGUGAGAAGAAAAAGAAAAAGUCCAUGGAACCAGAAGCAGAACAAAGCGAAGAAGCACCCGCGAGUGAAAAGAAGAAAAAGAAGAAAAGACAAUCUCAGGUCCAAGAAGAAUGA